AUGUAUUUUAAAAUCAUUACUUUUGUUGUUAUUUCAAGUAUUUUUCAAUACUGCGAAGGUCAGUUAGUAUGUUAUGCGUGUAGUUUUUCGUCUGUGGACACGGAUAGAUCAUGUUUAACGAUCACGAACAGCACUCCGGUUGUUAAUUGUAUCCAUAAAUAUUGCACAAUUAUGCGACAAGAAUUCAGGGAUCCAGCUGGUUUGAUUGCUAGUUUUACGCGAAGCUGUUUAAGUUCGCCAGAUUUUCUGAACCACGAAGUCGAAGAUCCUACAUUCAGAACGUUCUAUCGUGCUUGCACCAGAAACAGAUGUAAUAUUGGUAACGGUAUACAAUCAGUUACGGGAAGUAAUUUAUCACCAAGACCAGAGAAUAAUGCAACUAAUCUAUUGGUGCCCGGAACAGGCAGUUCUUGGAGAGCAAAAUCUACUGUUUCAUUAGUAUUAUUUUCAUGUUUUGGUCUUUACAUGAUUCUGCAAUGA